AUUUUUGCAUUGACUAAUAAUAAUCGCGAAGGUACAACCCAAAGAAGCAGAAUAGCCCGCCGAGUACCUGUACAAGUACAAGGAGGAGACUCUCUCUUUACUCUCCCAGAUCUGUGCACCAUAACCAUUUCUCUUUCUCUCUCGCAGAGGGUUGUUGUACCCUCCGAUCUACACCACCAUGUCUUCCUCCAUGUCUCCAACCAGGGAUUCCGUUUCGGCUCCCAAGCCUCCCAUCACCAUGAAAGAGACCCUAACGUUACCAAGCAUCGGGAUUAACCAGCAGUUCAUAACGUUCACGCACGUGACAAUGGAAUCGGACAAGUACAUAUGCGUGAGAGAAACGGCGCCUCAGAACAGCGUUGUGAUCAUUGACAUGAACAUGCCCAUGCAGCCUCUCAGGCGCCCUAUCACAGCCGAUUCCGCCCUCAUGAACCCCAAUUCCAGAAUUCUCGCUCUCAAAGCUCAAGUUGCGGGAACUACCCAGGAUCACUUACAAAUAUUUAACAUUGAACUGAAAGCAAAGAUCAAGUCUCAUCAGAUGCCAGAACAGGUUGUCUUUUGGAAAUGGAUCACCCCAAAGUUGCUAGGCCUUGUCACACAAAGCUCAGUAUAUCAUUGGUCAAUUGAAGGUGAUUCUGAGCCUGUGAAGAUGUUUGACCGAACUGCUAAUUUGGCAAAUAAUCAAAUAAUCAACUAUCGUUGUGAUCCUACUGAAAAGUGGUUGGUUUUGAUUGGUAUUGCCCCUGGUUCGCCUGAGAGGCCACAGCUGGUCAAAGGAAAUAUGCAGCUCUUCUCUAUGGAUCAGCAACGUAGUCAAGCUCUAGAAGCACAUGCUGCAUCAUUUGCCACUUUUAAAGUUGCAGGGAAUGAAAAUCCUUCAAUUCUAAUUUGUUUUGCCUCAAAGACCUUGAAUGCUGGACAAAUUACAUCAAAGCUGCAUAUUAUUGAACUUGGUGCCCAGCCAGGCAAACCAUCAUUUACCAAGAAACAAGCAGAUCUAUUCUUUCCCCCAGACUUUGCUGAUGACUUUCCAGUUUCUAUGCAGGUAUCGCAAAAAUACGGUUUAAUAUAUGUGAUCACAAAGCUUGGACUUCUUUUCGUGUAUGACCUAGAGACAGCUACUGCGGUUUAUAGAAACCGAAUCAGUCCAGAUCCUAUAUUUCUGACAUCAGAAGCUGCAUCGGUUGGGGGCUUUUAUGCUGUUAAUAGACGUGGCCAGGUGUUGCUUGCCACUGUAAAUGAAGACACAAUUGUAAAAUUUGUUAGUGACCAGUUGAAGAAUUUGGAACUUGCUGUUAAUCUCGCCAAAAGAGGAAACCUUCCUGGUGCAGAUGAGCUGAUUAUCCAGCGGUUUCAAGAGUUGUUUGCUCAGACAAAGUAUAAGGAGGCUGCAGAGCUCGCUGCAGAGUCUCCUAAUGGAAUACUCCGUACUCCUGAUACUGUUGCUAAAUUUCAGAGUGUUCCUGUGCAAGCAGGGCAAACACCACCGUUGUUGCAGUACUUUGGAACUCUGUUGACAAGAGGAAAACUCAAUGCUUUUGAGUCUUUGGAACUGUCACGCCUUGUUGUAAAUCAGAAUAAAAAGAAUCUUCUGGAGAAUUGGUUGGCAGAGGACAAACUUGAAUGUAGUGAGGAGCUUGGAGAUCUUGUGAAGACAGUGGAUAACGACCUUGCAUUGAAAAUAUAUAUCAAAGCUAGGGCAACUCCGAAAGUUGUUGCAGCAUUUGCUGAGAGGAGGGAGUUUGACAAGAUUUUGAUUUACUCAAAGCAGGUUGGCUACACACCUGAUUAUUUGUUCCUUCUGCAAACGAUUUUGCGGUCUGAUCCCCAGGGGGCUGUUAAUUUUGCAUUAAUGAUGUCUCAAAUGGAAGGAGGCUGCCCAGUUGACUACAACACCAUAACAGAUCUGUUUCUUCAGAGGAACUUAAUCCGUGAGGCAACAGCAUUUUUGUUGGAUGUGCUGAAGCCUAAUCUCCCUGAACAUGGAUUCCUUCAAACAAAGGUUUUGGAAAUUAAUCUUGUGACAUUUCCAAAUGUUGCUGAUGCUAUAUUAGCCAAUGGUAUGUUCAGUCAUUAUGACCGCCCACGUAUUGCACAGCUUUGUGAAAAGGGUGGCUUAUAUUUGCGGGCCCUUCAGCACUAUACAGAGUUGUCUGAUAUUAAGCGUGUCAUUGUGAAUACACAUGCUAUUGAACCACAGUCUCUUGUUGAGUUCUUUGGAACCCUUUCGAAAGAAUGGGCACUUGAGUGCAUGAAAGAUCUUCUACUGGUCAAUCUUAGAGGAAAUCUUCAGAUAAUUGUGCAGGCUGCCAAAGAAUACUCUGAGCAGUUGGGUGUUGAUGCAUGCAUAAAACUAUUUGAACAGUUCAAGUCCUACGAAGGAUUAUACUUUUUCUUAGGGUCAUCUUUGAGCUCCAGUGAGGAUCCUGAUAUCCACUUCAAGUACAUUGAAGCUGCUGCUAAAACUGGCCAAAUUAAGGAGGUAGAACGCGUGACUCGGGAAUCAAACUUUUAUGACCCUGAAAAGACAAAGAACUUUCUGAUGGAAGCCAAGCUUCCAGAUGCACGUCCUCUGAUUAAUGUUUGUGAUCGUUUUGGUUUUGUUCCGGAUCUCACCCAUUACCUUUACACAAGUAACAUGCUUCGAUAUAUUGAAGGUUAUGUUCAAAAGGUCAAUCCAGGAAAUGCUCCUUUAGUUGUAGGGCAGCUCUUAGAUGACGAGUGCCCUGAAGAUUUCAUCAAAGGUCUUAUUCUUUCAGUUCGUUCUCUUCUUCCUGUUGAGCCCCUAGUGGAGGAAUGUGAGAAGAGGAAUCGUCUCCGCUUGCUCACUCAGUUCUUAGAGCACCUUGUGAGUGAGGGAAGCCAGGAUGUGCAUGUUCACAAUGCUCUGGGUAAAAUCAUCAUUGACAGCAAUAAUAAUCCAGAGCAUUUUCUCACAACCAAUCCAUACUAUGAUUCUCGUGUUGUGGGAAAAUAUUGUGAGAAAAGGGAUCCUACUCUUGCUGUUGUUGCUUACCGCAGAGGGCAAUGUGAUGAAGAACUUAUAAAUGUCACAAAUAAAAACUCGUUAUUCAAACUGCAGGCCAGAUAUGUGGUGGAAAGGAUGGAUUCUGACCUCUGGGAUAAAGUUCUUAUUCCUGAAAAUGAGUAUAGAAGGCAGCUAAUUGAUCAAGUUGUGUCGACUGCUUUGCCUGAAAGCAAGAGUCCUGAGCAAGUGUCAGCAGCUGUUAAAGCUUUUAUGACAGCAGAUCUUCCACAUGAACUAAUUGAGCUUCUUGAGAAGAUUGUGCUUCAAAAUUCUGCAUUUAGUGGAAACUUUAAUCUGCAGAAUCUGCUGAUCCUUACUGCCAUCAAGGCUGAUCCAUCAAGAGUUAUGGAUUACAUUAAUAGGUUAGAUAAUUUUGAUGGACCUGCUGUUGGGGAGGUGGCUGUGGAAGCUCAAUUGUAUGAAGAAGCAUUUGCCAUCUUUAAAAAGUUCAAUUUGAACGUUCAGGCUGUGAGUGUCCUGUUGGAUAACAUUCGUAGCAUUGAACGAGCUGUGGAGUUUGCUUUUCGGGUUGAGGAAGAUGCUGUUUGGAGUCAAGUGGCCAAGGCCCAAUUGCGAGAGGGGCUAGUGAGUGAUGCUAUUGAGUCAUUUAUCCGUGCGGAUGAUGCCACCCAAUUUUUAGAUGUCAUACGGGCUGCUGAGGAUGCGAAUGUAUACCAUGACUUGGUGAAAUACCUUCUGAUGGUUAGGCAGAAGACCAAAGAACCCAAAGUGGACAGUGAACUCAUUUAUGCAUAUGCUAAGAUUGAUCGGCUCAGUGACAUUGAAGAGUUCAUUCUCAUGCCAAAUGUUGCUAAUCUCCAGAAUGUUGGAGAUCGUUUAUAUGAUGAAGCCCUAUAUGAGGCGGCAAAGAUUAUAUAUGCAUUCAUUUCUAACUGGGCUAAGCUCGCCGUUACCUUGGUAAAGCUUAAACAGUUCCAAGGUGCUGUUGAUGCAGCUCGGAAAGCCAAUAGCUCGAAAACAUGGAAGGAAGUUUGCUUUGCGUGUGUUGAUGCUGAGGAAUUCCGCUUGGCUCAGAUAUGUGGUCUUAACAUCAUCAUACAGGUGGAUGAUUUAGAAGAGGUUAGUGAGUAUUACCAGAACAGGGGAUGCUUUAAUGAGCUCAUAUCUCUCAUGGAGAGUGGACUAGGCUUGGAACGUGCUCAUAUGGGAAUCUUUACUGAGUUGGGAGUUCUAUAUGCAAGAUAUCGUCCUGAGAAGCUUAUGGAGCACAUUAAAUUGUUCUCAACACGUCUGAAUAUUCCAAAGCUCAUACGAGCUUGUGAUGAACAGCAGCACUGGCAGGAAUUAACUUACUUAUACAUCCAAUAUGAUGAGUUUGACAAUGCCGCAACCACCGUAAUGAACCACUCCCCAGAAGCAUGGGAUCAUAUGCAAUUCAAGGAUGUGAUAGUCAAAGUUGCAAGUGUUGAGCUCUACUAUAAGGCUGUGCAUUUCUACUUGCAAGAACAUCCUGAUCUUAUCAAUGAUCUUCUUAAUGUGAUUGCCUUACGUGUUGACCAUGCCCGUGUGGUGGAUAUAAUGCGAAAGGCUGGUCACCUCCGUCUUGUGAAGCCAUACAUGGUUGCAGUUCAGAGUAACAAUGUUUCUGCCGUAAACGAAGCUUUAAAUGAGAUCUACAUAGAGGAAGAGGACUAUGACAGACUUCGUGAAUCAAUUGAUCUGCAUGAUAACUUUGAUCAGAUAGGCCUUGCACAGAAGAUUGAGAAACAUGAGCUUCUUGAGAUGAGGCGUGUUGCUGCUUAUAUUUAUAAGAAAGCAGGAAGAUGGAAGCAGUCCAUUGCAUUGUCAAAGAAAGAUAAUCUUUACAAGGAUGCGAUGGAGACAUGUUCACAGUCUGGUGACCGUGAACUUUCAGAGGAGUUGCUUGUCUAUUUCAUUGAGCAGGGAAAGAAAGAGUGUUUUGCAUCAUGCCUCUUUGUUUGUUAUGAUUUAAUUCGGCCAGAUGUUGCUCUUGAGCUAGCAUGGAUGAACAAUAUGAUUGACUUUUCCUUCCCCUACCUAUUGCAGUUUGUUCGAGAGUACACAAGCAAGGUAGAUGAACUUGUCAAGGGCAAACUUGAGGCUCAAAAGGAGGUCAAAGCUAAAGAGUCAGAGGAGAAGGACAUGGUUGCUCAGCAGAAUAUGUAUGCUCAGUUGUUGCCUCUCGCAUUGCCUGCGCCACCAAUGCCAGGAAUGGGUGGAGGUUUCGCUCCACCACCACCUAUGGGUGGGAUGGGGAUGCCUCCAAUGCCACCUUAUGGCAUGCCAUCCAUGGGCUCAUACUGAUCUCUGGUUUGUUGAACAUACAAGAGAAAACUUUUACAUUGUGUAGCUAGUCCGGAUUUCUUGUUAAACCGUUUACAUUUAUGACUGGUGCAAAUUGAACCAUUUGUGCCGAAUAUUCUCAUCUCUUGUCAGUACUUACAUCUUUUGUAGGGUUAGUUGUUUUGAAUUAAUUGGUUUGCAUAACAAAGCUUCAUUUCCUUGGCGGUCAAGGCUGAGCUGAGCAGGCGGUGUUGGACUGAUCUUUCUGAGACCUUGGAAUGGCCAAACCUGGCUGUGGGUGGGCAAGCUGUCACGUGUAUAGGUUUUUUUCUUUUUUUUUUUAAAGAUCAUUGUAUCUUUAUCUUUUUAGCACCGAGACUCUUACAUAUUUGGGUCUCACUGAGGGUUUAGAAAUUUUGUACACACUAAUGCCCUUGUAUUACAGUUUUAAUCUCUAAGUUUUAUGAUUAAUUCUGAAUCUCGAUUAUGUUCUUUUUUGGCCAAA